AUGGCCGACUCCCUCACCGAAGAGCAGGUUUCCGAGUACAAGGAGGCCUUCUCCCUAUUUGACAAGGAUGGUGAUGGCCAGAUUACCACCAAGGAACUCGGCACUGUGAUGCGCUCGCUCGGGCAGAACCCCUCCGAGUCUGAACUCCAGGACAUGAUCAACGAGGUUGACGCCGACAACAACGGCACCAUUGAUUUCCCAGAGUUCCUCACAAUGAUGGCCAGAAAGAUGAAGGACACCGACUCCGAGGAGGAAAUCCGAGAGGCUUUCAAGGUUUUCGACCGUGACAACAAUGGUUUCAUCUCAGCUGCCGAACUGCGCCACGUCAUGACCUCCAUUGGCGAGAAGCUCACUGAUGACGAAGUUGAUGAGAUGAUCCGUGAGGCGGAUCAGGAUGGUGAUGGCCGAAUUGACUACAACGAAUUUGUGCAACUCAUGAUGCAAAAAUAA